AUGCCAUACCAAGCAUUAGAUUCUCUACUCUUAUACAGACCUCUCAGAAGCCGACUGACUCCUCCUCCACCACAGUCCCCAACUCUCAUCAAACGACUAGGAAUCUCUCAAUCUGACAUCGAUAUUCACAUCUCCAUCCUUCAGAGGCAUCUAAAAUCCGAUGAAAAACGCUACAAGGUACAUCAAGAAAACAUCAGGGCCGUGGUUCGGGAUCUCAGAAAUGGAAUCGCAGGAGAAUACUACCAGGGAGGGGAACGACGUAGGAUGUGCGAUCUCAUUUUGUACCAUACGUUUUUGAGAAGAUAUCCGGUUUGGAUAGAGACGUGGUUUUAUCUACCGACAGCUUGCUACCAAAGAAGAGUGCUGAGGGGGAAUUAUGCAAUGCUAGCGGCAAUAGUAAGAGAGGGACAUGAUGAUGACGAUGAUGAUAAGCCGGCGGGAAAAAAUAAUGAGCAGAAAGGGAAUGAGAAGGACAAAGGGAAUAAUAAGGAGAAAGGGAUUGAUAAGGAGAAAGGGAAUGAUAAGGAUGCAUCUUCACCUCAUGCGAUUGUCCCUCUUCGACGGAUUGACCGCCGGGUGUACGAAGAAAUAGCGCUAGAGAAGCCGGCACUGCAACAUUACCUACCUUAUCCGUCGAGUUCACCUAUUCCCUGA